UUAACUCUGUCGAAACGUUAAAGAACGAUAAACAUCUGCAUGUAAACUGAAAGUCACUCAUAUUCGUAAAUAAGUCGUUAUCAAAUUCGUAUGUAUGUACGGUAUAUAUGAACGUUAAUCCUUAACUCGCUUUCUUCUGCUUUCGUUACAACUACAAUACGAAAGAACCCACAAGCAUACGCUUUAAGUUAGCACGUCAGACCAGUUUUGGUUUCAGUCUUUGUAUUGCGCUGUAUCCAGACGUUUGUGGCGAGCAAAAUGACGGUUCGUUGGCUAAUAAUUCUUUCAAUAAUCUGCACGCAGCUCCACCUCUCUGCCGGCUCUCAAACCGCUCAGCCAGCCAAUCCAGAGUUACAAGCGUUCAUCCAGCGCGUUGAACGUCUCGUACUCAACACAACUGAUCGUGCGCUGAUCGUCACCCAAAAUGUCUACCACAACCUAAGCAAAGAGAUGCCGCCAACACUGUUGGAAGCCAACAAUCAAACGAUGCAGCAGUAUAUUGCGCAGGUACAGGAAGCGUUAGAUGGCACUUCGUACACGAACUUCACAUUGAAGCGUAAAUUGCUGCGCCAAUUCAAAGUGAACAAUUUGCAAAUUGAAUUGCUGCGCCGCCAAUUGGAACCCCUACAACCGGAAUUCAACUUUCAACUAAUCUCAGACGAAUUCUACAAGUCCAAGACGAAUGUCACGGAGUUUGACAACUUGUAUUUGAGUUUCAUGGACGAGUUCGCGGCCGCGUCUCAGCAGUUGUGGGAUACGCUGUCUGAAACCACCGUGGAGGAGCAGCAGGAGCUGCUGGAGUUGCUUGAUGAGAUUUCCAAGGAAGAGCAAUUGCGUGAGAAGGAUAAAUUGUAUGAUGAGUUUAUUGCCAUGUAUCUAUUUAAGAUAGAAGAGAAUGAGCAGGAGGCUAAGGAAUUAUACUGA